CUGCAACAAGGGUUGAGUGUCAUGGCGUCUUCCUUGAAGGGGGUUGGGUUCGGUGCUGAAUGCUGAAUAACAAGACAACCAGCAGCCUCUGCUCGGCCGCCCUGACCCACCACAGCUCACGAAGAGGGGUUAAAGCGGGAAUACGUGAACAUGGGGACGGUCCACGCGAGGAGUCUGGACCCUCUUCCGAUGCACGGGCGCGACCUGGGCGUCCACCCAGACGACUUGGAAGUGGUGGAGGCGGAGCAAGAAACCAAGAAAGAGAUCCUGGAAAAUAAAGAUGUUGUUGUACAGCAUGUCAACAUUGAAGGCUUAGGAAGAACUAAAGAGGAUUAUUUGGGCUAUGAGAUCUCUGAUGUCUUCAACGCCAAAAACCUCAUUGAUGUGAUGAAGAAAUCACAUGAAGCCAGACAGAAGCUGCUCCGCCUGGGCAUAUUCAAGGAAGUGGAGGUCCUCAUUGACAUCUCAGAAGGAGAAGAUGCCCUGCCCAAUGGCCUGGAUGUGACGUUUGAGGUGACAGAGCUGAAGAGAGUGACUGGUAGUUAUAACACCAUGGUUGGGAACAAUGAGGGCAGCAUGGUGCUUGGCAUUAAGCUCCCCAACAUGUUCGGUCGUGGGGAGAAGCUCACUUUCCAGUUCUCAUACGGGACUAAGGAGACCUCAUAUGGCUUGUCUUUCUUUAAACCUCAGCCAGGCUACUACGAACGCAAUUUCACACUAAACUUAUACAAAGUGACUGGGCAGUUUCCAUGGAGUUCACUGAAGGAGACAGACAGAGGAGUUUCCACAGAACUCAGCUUCCCUCUGUGGAUGACCGAUCACACUCUGAAGUGGGAGGGCGUGUGGCGGGAGCUGGGCUGUCUUGCUCGCAGUGCCUCCUUCGCUGUACGAGAGGAAAGCGGCCACACUCUCAAAUCUGCCCUCUCACACACCAUGGUACUAGACACCAGGAACUCUGCCAUCCUUCCAAGAAAAGGUGCCUUACUGCGGAUCAACCAGGAGCUGGCGGGUUACACAGGGGGCGAUGCCAGCUUUCUGAAGGAGGACUUUGAGCUGCAGCUGAACAGACCGUUCCUCUGGGGCUCUGUGCUCUCUGCAUCUCUGUGGGGAGGAAUGAUCUUUCCCAUUGGUGGUCGACCGAUCUCAAUUGCUGACAGGUUUUACUUGGGUGGUCCUACCAGUGUGAGAGGAUUUGGCAUGUACAGUAUUGGCCCUCAAAAUGAAGGUGACUACCUGGGUGGAGAGGCAUACUGGGCCAGUGGGCUCCACCUGUAUACACCCCUUCCGUUCCGGUCCACUCGGGGCGGCCUUGCUGACCUCUUCAGAACACACUUCUUCCUGAAUGCUGGCAACCUCUGCAAUCUUGACUAUGGGGAGGGUCCACACGCACACUUGCAGAAGCUAGCAGAGUGCAUCCGCUGGUCCUACGGAGCUGGCAUCAUACUUCGGCUGGGGAACAUCGCAAGAUUAGAGCUAAAUUAUUGCAUUCCCAUGGGUGUCCAGAGUGGAGACAGGAUAUGUGACGGCGUGCAGUUUGGAGCAGGGAUCCGUUUCCUGUGACGUCAUCAGCUGCUGCUCUGGUUCUGAACCCAAGUAUUGUGGGAUAGGAGGCGAGCCGUGUGUAGUAUGUUAGAAUGUGAGACACUAAGAAAAGGAUCCCUCCUGCAUGCACAAUUUGAGGGGCUCUACCUUCUUCGUCUAAGGACACAAGAUGACCUCACAGUUCUUGGUUUUCUUACAUACCUUUCAGAUUGGACUUUAUGAUGAUAAGAGAUGAAUAGAUAGUAACCAGCGUUAUCUCCAGUCCGUCAGAUGUGUCAUGUCAUUGAGGGAUGUGCUUGCACUUGUUUGUUGUAGUGAAGCGCCUGUGAUUCCGUUUUUUCCGUUUUUUUUCCCCCAAUAUUAUAAGAUAUCAGCCAUAAUGGGCUUCAUCGUCCCUGUUACAUACACUACGUUAGUUGUGUUGAAACUCACCUAUCAGGUACUGACAGUUGAAUGCGUAGACAGAGAGCAUUAAAGGAGAAGAGGGUUGUCGCACUUUGACUACGUUCACAUUACAAGCCCCAUUGCUCAAAUCCGAUCUUUCUGACACGAUGGUUCACACUCGUUUAGGUAAGUGAUUUAAAUCUGUCGUUAAUGUGAACGAACCGGCGUCCUGAAAUGACCCACAUACGCACAUCCUACUCGGUAACGUUACGUGAAUGAAUCACAUGCGUCACGUUCACCAUCAGCAAACAAACUAACGAGCAGAACGAGCUUCGCUGUGAAGAUAAUUAACUCUGAUCAGCUCUCAGCUUCAUUAUUAGAGCGAGACGAAGGCGAAAAAGGUGAGAUGUGUUGCUUUUCCACUGUUUACAGGCUUUAACUUCUGGUUGGCGCUGUUGCCAUGGUAACGCUGAAUGAUGGUGUAUGCGCAGUGGAAAAAAAGCACAUGAAUUCCGAUCUUAGCGUCACAUGAAAGUGGCUCAGGUCGGAUUUGAAAAGAUCAGAUUUGCGCGUCCACACAGCUCUGAAAACAUCAGAUCUGAGUCACAUUAGGGCAAAAAAUCGGAUUUGUGCCGCUUCUACCUGGUAAUGUGAACGUAGCCUUUAUAAACCUAAUGCAGUUCUCCUGUAGUCAUGUGUUCCUGCCAGUUAAUGGAAACACCUUUUCCGUGUUGUCAGUGAAGUGGUCCACUCUUCUCAUGCCAAACUACAUAUAUGAAUUGACUCAGACUGACUUUAGUACAGACGUCCAGAGAGGCCAUGAGAUCAUUAUUUUGUGAACAAAGUUGUUAUCUUGAGAUCACAAGAUAAUUAAUUUGUUAUCUUAAGAAAACAAUCCAGAAAAUUGUAGCAACAGCUCAUGGCCUCUCCAGACUUCCGUGUCGGUCAAGAGUUGGUUUCUUUUUCUUCUGUAGCCUUUAUGGGAUGGAGUUCAAAGCCCUAUUGGAGAUCCACCAGCAGUGCUCUUAUUGUAAGUCCUCUUUUUAAUGUCAGAACUGUUAUGUUAUUAUAUUGUUUUGUGCACAGGAAUAAAAUACUUUUGUUCCCUGA